AAGCCUGAGCUGAGCAGCACCGAGGACAGCGCCCGGCCGCCCAGCCUCACCCACGCUCAACUCCUCCUUCACACUCGCGCACACUCACUCGCAGGCGCACGCCCGCUGUACAAUGGCAGAAUCCCACCUGCAAUCACCCCUGAUCUCAGCCUCACAGUUUUUCGAGAUCUGGCUGCAUUUCGACGCUGACGGGAGUGGUUAUCUGGAAGGGAAGGAGCUACAGAACUUGAUCCUGGAGCUCCAGCAGGCACGGAAGAAGGCUGGAUUGGAGUUAUCACCUGAAAUGAAGACUUUUGUGGAUCAGUAUGGGCAAAGAGAUGAUGGAAAAAUAGGAAUUGUAGAGUUGGCUCAUGUAUUACCCACAGAAGAAAACUUCCUGCUGCUCUUCCGAUGCCAGCAGCUGAAGUCUUGCGAGGAAUUCAUGAAGACAUGGAGAAAGUAUGAUACUGAUCACAGUGGCUUCAUAGAAACCGAGGAACUUAAGAACUUUCUAAAGGACUUGCUAGAAAAAGCAAACAAAACUGUGGAUGAUACAAAAUUAGCCGAGUAUACAGACCUAAUGCUGAAAUUAUUUGAUUCAAAUAAUGAUGGGAAGCUGGAAUUAACUGAGAUGGCGAGGUUACUACCAGUACAAGAGAAUUUUCUUCUUAAAUUUCAGGGCAUCAAAAUGUGUGGGAAAGAGUUCAAUAAGGCAUUCGAGUUAUAUGAUCAGGACGGAAACGGAUACAUAGAUGAAAAUGAACUUGAUGCCUUACUGAAGGAUCUGUGUGAAAAGAAUAAGCAGGAGCUAGAUAUCAAUAAUAUUCCAACAUACAAGAAGAGUAUAAUGGCUUUGUCGGAUGGAGGGAAGCUGUACCGAACAGACCUUGCUCUUAUUCUCUGUGCUGGUGACAACUAGCCCGAGUGACCACCGUCUACUAGCGAUACACUGUAUCUAAAGAAUAACUGCACACUGUAAGGGAGUAGGCUGUAUUUUCUUUUAUAUCUGUAAAUUUAUUUGCAUAGGUAAUUAUUCAGGAUGUAGGCACUGUCUUUUCUGCUUGUUUCUAUACUGUUUGUAAUGUACAGUUUUUGUAACUCUGAUUGUUCAAGGAGAAUGUUGAUGCUUAGGCCAGUCAAUAUACCCAAUUUAAAAAAUAAUUAUCUAAGAUAGUCUUGUUUUCAAAAUUACAGUUCCCAAAAAUUCCUACUGGGAUUAAUCUCUCACAUUCUAGUCUCUGGUGUAUAAAUGCACAUUUGUUAGUGAAGAGUUACAUGCAACAGGCCAAGCAUUCUUAUUUCGGCCAAUCUGAGGACUGUCCCAGGAGAUAUGUGUAAGCAAUGUUUCCAGCGUUGAGGAGGAAUGUGCUUUUAAUCUAAAAUAUUUACCAAAAUAUUACUAUCAAGAAAUAUAUUUCAUGUGGCUCUAUAAACUUAACAGUCUCAUUGGAAAAGAUUUAGUUCACUAAUCAAUGCCGUGAUUACUGCUUGAAUUUAUACCAAGCUAUUGGUUCAAGUUGAUUUGAUGAUCAAAAAAGGCAGUAUCAGGCUUGAUACUUAAAACUUGAUUCUAUAGCUGUACUUCCAGUAAGCCUACUUCAGAAGGUAAGACCUUAAUCCACUUUCUAAACUGUUUUCACGUGUUGCAGAUUAUAAUUAUUCUAGUAAACUGCUGUUUUUACAUUAUAUUCUGUGUAAUCUCGAUUAAAUUUCAUAUACUGAGUA